GCUCUAUGAGGGAAGCAAAACAUUAUUAUUUUCGUCGUUUUUAUUUUUUGAUUAUAUAGAAGAUUCAGUGGUCGAGGAACAUGUGAAAGUGAAAAAGCGACAGAGCUUUUCAAGCAGAGUGUAAGUGCACACAGGUUGAACCAAAAAGCGACGCGUAUUUUUGCGAAAGUGCAAAGCAGACGGCGAGAGUGUGAAAAGGCAGCGAAAAGAGAAUAGAGAAAAAAUAUAGCAGCCAGUUUCUUGUGGGCGCGAGUGUGUGUGCGUGUGCCAUAUUGUUAAAUAAGGAAAAUAUAAUAAAACAAACGCAGUAAAAGCAGCAACAACAAUGCAUUACCAGCAGCAACAACAACAACCACAGCAGCAGGGUAGCCUUGCUGGCUACAACAACAAAAUGAACGUCUUGCCCAAUUAUACGCUCAGCGGAAUGAGCUCCUUUGAUGCCGAAUCGCUGCCAGAUUAUUCAGAAUUUGAUUCCGAAUCGGUAACCCUGGACUAUUACAAGGAAAGUGUUCUACGUCCACCAGCGGAGAAAAUGGCGCCGACCACGACGAUUGAGACCAUCACAAUCACGAGGCCGCUUAAGGUGAUUGCAUUUAUCUGCGGCGUCAUCGUGGUGGCCCUGAUGAUUAUGGCCCUGGCAUCCACAGAUUGGUUAAUGGCCUCAGACUGGCGGCAAGGUCUCUUUGUGCACUGCAUCGAAGAUGAUUCGGUCUCGCCACUGCCAUUCAACAUCCAGGAUCCGCCAGGAUGCUACUGGACCCGAGAUGUUGGCUACAUUAAAGCCACGGCCGCUCUCUGCAUUAUCACGCUCAUAACGGACGUCAUUGCCACAGUACUGACAGGUUUGGGCCUCCGGACGCAGAACCAUAAUCUAAAGUAUAAGUUCUACCGUAUAGCAGUACUGGUAAUGCUAGUGUCCUUGCUGGCCGUGUUGUCCGCGUUGAUCGUAUAUCCAGUAUGCUUUGCCGGCGAACUAACCAUGGCCAAUCGGCGAGUCUGGGAAUUCGGCUGGGCUUACGGCGUUGGCUGGGGUGCGGCCAUCUUCCUGUUUGGGGCCGUGGUACUGCUGCUCUGCGACAAGGAGUCGGAGGAGAUCUACUAUAAGGAAAGGAAAAUCGUACAUGAAAACCAAAUGCGCGCCUAGGCAAGGCCGCACGACCUGCCUGACGUCGUUCUGUAGAAUAAGUAUAUAGCAACCAACCAACAACACACACAGACACAUAGAUUUCGAUUUAAAUCAGACUCAAGAACAGAAGCAAUUUGCAGCUAAGCGAAUGUGUUACAAUUAUGAUUGUGUAUAUCAUGACCAUUUCAAACCAAAAAUCCGUAGCCAUCUCCCACCCAACCCACCAUCUUGUAGUACUCGGCAUUUGUUUAGAUGACGUUUCCCCAAUGAGUUUAUUUUGUGUUCGUUUCGAAAGGUAAUCGUAGACAAGCCACAAACACACGACCCACAUCUACCAUGUAGUCAUUCACAUGUAUGUACGUCUAGAAAUUCUGAAAGUUAAUCGCAUUAACCAAUCCCCUAUAUACAAUUGCAUGCCCCAUGAGUUCCACAGCAUUGUAGGCAACUUUUAGAGCUUGCUUUUCCGUAGAAAACUGAGAGCAGGUUGCCAGUUGCAAUUAGACCUCUUACAAUAUUGUACUCAUACUCAGCUACAUAUACAUAGCUACAAUGUACUCCCCAUGUAUCUCAAUCCUAAUCGUGAGCAGAAUCCAAAUUAGAAUUUGUAUAUGUACGUAAUCGAGAGACUAGGUAACCACGACAUAUAAAGCCACAAUGUCAUCGUCAUUGUCAACGUUUCAUGCCGAUUACGCUUUCAAAACUUGUUUGUGCUCCAUACAUCCGUUUCGAAUAUUAUUAAUUAUGUGUUUGUCCCAGUGUAUUGAGCGAUCAACACCAAUUGUACUCGAAUAUGUGUUGCUCUUUUACCUUUUUGUAAAAUAGUUUUACUAUACAGUCCACUACUCAGCUUGUACUCGAAUGUCCACGAGCCGUUCAGUUAUUGUUUAAGCCGACUUUUAAGUGUAAUCAUUUGUUUGUAAACUCCUAAUUUGUAAUAAUUUAUUGAUACCUGUGUUCUUACCACAACCGAAAACAUAUCACACCCAAAUGACAACAAUAAAACGUUUUUUGACACCUUUUGUUAACACUUUAA